AUCGCCAAGGACACCCUGUGCGACCCUGAACAGCGAGUCAAGUACGACAAAUGGCUGAACAGCGGACUGGCCAUUUCGUAUGAGCAGUGGAGUGGGAUGCCGCCCAUGACAACGACUCUGCACUGGGCGACUCCGAACACCAAGGAACGCAUGCUGGAGCCGGGCACGUCCCAAGCAGCCACAGCAGGUCAAGCAGGACAAGGGCCCCCACCUACUGCGAAGCCCGGCAGCAGGAGGGCCUCGGAGCAGGUGUCCCACAUCCUUCACGGGAGGACCAAGGAGACCGUCAGAGUCCCUCGCCCUUCGGAGGUCUGGGAACGGGACACCUCCGAAGUCAUGAAGAAAUUUAGGAACUAUGAGAUCUAAGGACCCACGCGCCUCUGCAGGAAGACCAAGCUUAUGAUUAUUGGCAUUCAUUUUUUUUUUUUUUUUUUAAUCUCUCUCUCUCUCUCUCUCUCUCUCUCUCUCUCUCUCUCUCUCUCUCUCUCUCUCUCUCUCUCUCUCCCUCUCUCUCUCUCUCCUUCUCUGUCUCUCUCUCUCUCAUCCUUUCUUCUCACUUCCUUCUCACUGUCUUAUUUUCCACUUGUCAGAUAUGUGAAGAAAACACACUUUUUCGAGCGAAUAUACAUGUGCGUGAUAAUUGUUUUUUUUAGAAUUAUAUUUUUGUAUUCUUACUGUAGUGUCUUGUCUUGCCGCUGUGGAUGUCUUAGGUACAGAUAUUUUGCUCUGUAUAACGUCAAUUCAACUUCUUAGGGAUCGAAGAGAUUAUAUAUGUGUAUAUUUUUCUUCACAUGAAUGUCAUUGUUUUCUGACUACAGUAUAGACGUAUUUUAUUGAAUUUGAAAUAUAUGUAUAUCCAUGUCUUCUUAAACAUUAAAACAUAUUGUUAUCUGAAAAUGCCCUUGUUGAACUAGAUAUAUUUAAUGUCGGAAUUAUAAAAAGUAAUGAUAAAUUCAUCCAUUUGGUAUUUAUUUAAUGUUAUGACUUAGUUCAAGACAAGACAAGUGAAUGUAAAUGUAAAAAUGUUAUUGCUAGACUAAAUUCAUGUCUAAAUAGCAUACAUACAUCCAUACAUAUUCAUGUACAGUACGUGCAUAUAAACAUGAAAGUAUGUAGCAAUGUAUGUAUGCAUAUGUAAUGUAUAUAUAAAGAACUAGUUUUAAACUUUUGAUUGGAAUAUUAAUGUAAUGUUUGUAAAACCCAGUUAAAAGGAUCUUGAUGUGUGAAUAUAUGUACGAAUCCAGCACAAUUAUCCAUUGAUUUUAUCUUUAUAUUUAGGCUUUUUAAGCUAUAACUUGGUCAUAAUGGAAAGCUGGUAAAGUCGUGUUAGUGACCCUACGGUUAAAUAAUUUCUAAAAUUUAACAAAUGAUGUUGAUAACCAGAUAGUGUCGCUGUCUUUUACGAGAUGUGUUCCUUCAUUUUUCUUUUUAAGUGUUCAAUUUAAAUGGUUUUCCAAGGCUGUUGUACUUCUUUUGUGCUUAUGGGAGGAUAUCCCAAGAAUCCAUAUAUAUUAUAUUAGGACAUAAGGGAAAAAUCAGUAACUCAAGUUUAGAUAAAUUAUAUUUGGUGUUUUAGAUGUGGUUUAUCGUCUGUAUUCCAUUGGUGUGAGAUUUUGAAUUUUAACUUGAUUUUUUUUUUUUUAACUUCCCGAACGACCAAAACGAAGUUGAUGUUUCGGGACCAAAUUAAGUUUAUGAAUCGUGAGAUGACGAGCAUGACUACUUCCAGUUAUGAAUGAAACGUAUCCCCCUUUCUCUCUGUCUGUCUCU